AUGCCCGUUGACAUCCAUCGAUGGAACUUGAUGGAACGAUGGAAUAGGGGCAUUCUUGGAUGCUUUUCACACACUGUAGAGCUGGCAGGUGGCUCUUCUAGCUUCCGUCACUUUUCCAAGCUCGAUCGGAUUUGUAGGAUCAAGCUCUUUGUUGUCAUUGAGCUUCAUAUUCGAGGAUUCGAAGAGGAGGCAGAAGGCUUCAAGAGCUUCGGGUCCACCACAAGUUCACCAACCUUGCAGCCUACAUUCUUAUCUACUAACAGCGACGCGGAUCUAACGGCGGCUGCGGGAAGUCUCCAUUCCGAGUAUGUCUGCGUUUACAAUGGUUUAAACGGAACGCUAUACGCCGGGGAUAAAGCGCUCUACUUUGUCGGUACUUUCUUUUUCUUCGACAAAAAGGUGACGUUGCCUUGGGAAGAAGUGCGUCAAGUGCAAAUGAUUUCCCAGGGAGUACAAAUUCUGUGCAAGGAUGAAUCUGUUACCCAGUUUACCGGUAUGCAUCAUCCCGAUCGCGUUUGGACGAUUCUGGUAUCGCUACACAACGACGCCCUCUUGGACUUGCCGCUACAGCAACAUCAAUCUGUCACACCUCGGUACGGAGGUGUCAAGCGGCGGAGCUCGGAUCCCAUGCUCAUGUCGAACUCCGAUCUAGAAGCAUUCUUUGAAGACGACAACGUGGACGAAGAUAACGAUGCUAAAAGAGUUGAAGAAUUUUCCAAAUUAAGAGAAAAAGUAGCAUUUGCGGUUGACUGUAAAACAAAUCUGCAGAAGCAAACAAUUAAGCGCUCCACCACCACACCUCCCGCUUCGCCAAGUACCAAGGUUUCUCAGAGCGCGGAGCAAUCUGAAGUUGAAUACGCCAUUGGGCAGAUUCGAUUACAGCCAAUUCAUUGUCGACUUUAUGCGGGGAAUGGAGGUUUGUUGUUUUACGGACGUAGGUUUUUCUUUGAUACCCAAAUUGUUACCAUCAAGUUUCCUUCGAUUCAGCAAGUACAAAUUAUUGAAAGUCUUUCUGAUCAAUCCGACCGGCAAUCUUCUGGAGUGACCAUUUUGACCAAAGAGGGCGUACGACACAAGUUUGAUGGCAUGGACAAUGCCGACAAGGUCUGGGCUUCACUCGUGACAUUGCACAACGAAAAUCUAACGACGCAAACUCCAGGCCGACAACGACGCGCAAGUCAACUGAGACGCACCAACUCGGACCCAGCGCUGACCUCUGGGCCGACUUUCGAUAUCGAUAGUAUCGAUGGGUAUCAAAACAAAUACUUGAAGCCGUCCACGGCGCACACAGAUCCUCCUCUUGUCACGAGCGAACAUAUGGGUAUAGAAACAACGGCCAAGGAAGAUUGGAGCGACGUUUCAAAACAGGCAGACUACAAAAACGUAGUAGUCAAAGACCAUGUCUUGACUAACUGUUCACUGGGCAAAUUUUACGAUCUAUUUCUAGCAGAGGGUGCGCCUUACUCUAUGGCCAAAUUUCUUGAAGCUCGCGGCGAUACAGAGCUGAAGGUGUCGGAUUGGAAAUCAGCGAAGGAUUCUCAGAAAUGGAGAACUCGUGUGAUCAACUAUUCGCACCCAGUAAACGCUCCUUUGGCCCCACCAAAAGCUGGGGCGCGGAAGGAACAGCGGUUUCGUCGCUUCGAUGAAUUUGGGAUGAUUGUGCAGACGAAGACGUUUGUAGACGAUGUUCCAAUGGCGGAUUGCUUUUACGUUACCGAUCGUAUCCGUGUCGAACCCGCUGGAACGGACGCGGUUUCGGUGUUUUUAGAGUUCGAAAUCACCUUUGUCAAGUCCACAAUGUUUAAAAGCAUUAUUAGCAAAACGACAGCGAGCGAAUUUACUAACUCAUUUCGGGAAUUGGCAAAGUUUAUGUCCGGAGCACUUGGCGAAACAGCCACAGUGGAGAUCGAAAAGCCACCCGCUCCGAUAGGGGAUAAAGGAGACAGUUCGCACCGUGCAAUGUUCAAUCCCUCUGGAUUAUGCAAUUGAUUCGACGACAUAACGGUAGUCUGUUAAAUGCAGAGCAAAACGAUAUUUACGCGC